AUGUCAAGCACUCCGUUCGGUUUGUCUGCGCAGCGGAGAGCAGAGCUGCGCGUGGCCUUUCACGCAUUUGACAAGGACAAGACCGGAAAGCUGGACAUCAACGAAAUCAAAUACCUUCUGAAGUCUAUCGGUGUCUGCCUGACAAAACGAGAGCAAAAAGCUCUUGAGGCUGAGUUUGCUGACCGAGGUGAAUUUGAUUAUGAAGAUCUUCUAGCUCUUGGACAGGUGGUGUACAAUGACGUUGCGAUCGAGAGGGCCCUUGUCCUCGCCCUCCGGAAACUAUCACCCCCGGGAGCAAAGACUGUUCCCCGGACGCUCCUGAGGGAUAUGCUCCUGAAUUUGGGAAUGGGUGUAAAACUCACGGAGGAGCAGGUCGACAUGUUCCUGGACAUUUGCUGCAGCGAGGACGGAAAACGCAGUGACCAAAUUCAAAUUACAACUUUCAUCUACAGGUAA